AUGGGCGCGUUGACAUCUUUAGCACCAGCAGCUCAGCUGUCCCACCCCAGCUACCUGCCUCUCGUCAUGCACUCCCACUGGUCUAUCCUCCUUUUCUUCAUCUUCGCUGUCCAGCCGGCCUACACGUCGCCUCUCUCCGAAGCGGAGCAGGCACGAGAGGACGAGGCACCCGCGCCAGUGGUGAGGUCUCCGUUGCACCUUGCUUGCCGUCGCGAGUCGGGGUAUCAGCCUCGCCACCUGCGACCAGAAGAGUUCGUUGUCGCGCCCGUAACCAUGGACAAGCGUGACGGCGUCACCGCGCCCGAUGCCGGGCAGAUGGCGACCUUCACUGCGGGAUAUCCUGAACCCACGCGCCUUGGCACAGGCUUCAAGUUCCUCAGCAAUAGCAACCACGAGCUCGACAAGCAGAACGUCGACAACGUCGCUCCACCCACUACCGAUCAAGGGAGUAUUGUGAACCUGAAGUGGAGCAUGUCGCUCUCGCACACUCGUCUCUUGAAUGGAGGGUGGGUGCGAGAGCAAACAGUUACCGACCUACCACCUUCGAAGGACUUCUCUGCGGCGGAAAUUGCCAUGGCACCGAAUGCUUACCGUGAGCUUCAUUGGCACCGCGUGGCUGAAUGGGGCUAUGUCCUUGGUGGAAACGGUCGUCUCACGGCCAUUGACGAGGAAGGCAAAUCCUUCAUCUCGGACAUUCGUGGUCCGACCAAUAUCAGCGAUCCAGAUAUCUACUACAUCCGGGCGCUUGGUGACGGCCUCGAGCUCCUGCUGGUUUUCACCGAUGGCGACUUCGAUGCACUUGGCACGACAUUCAUGCUUUCAGACUGGUUCGCGCGCACACCGUUAGAGGUGCUUGCGAAGAACCUCGGGAUCGACGACAUAAACAUUCUGAGCAAGAUCCCCCAGAAGGACCCGUACAUCCUACCGAGUACCAAGGCGCCGCCGCCUCUCGGACAUGCUGACGAGGAGGCCGUACCGAGCCCGCAAGGCACAAUCGACCCGUCGCACUACAUCUUCCGCCUUGCCGACCAAAACGAGACCGUCGCUCCUGGUGGAGGAGGAUGGCUCAAGAUUCAGGACUCUGUGAUCAACUUCCCCGUGUCCAAGCUAGUUGCCAGUGCAUUGGUAUACGUAGAGCCCAAUGGUCUACGCGAGAUGCACUGGCACAACGACGAUGGUGCAUUCACCCUCUAUGACGCGCUCUUCGGUACGGCUCGCGCGACUGCCUUCGGAGGCUGUAGUUCCUCGCGGACCUUCGACUUCCAACCUGGCGACACCGCGGUGUUCCCUGCUAGUUACGGACAUUACGUGGAGAACACAUCCCCGACCGAGCCGCUCGUCUACCUCGAAAUGUUCAAGGCUCCAAAGUUCAUCGAUUUCAGCGCUACCCAAUGGCUCGCCCUCACGCCGCCGCAAAUUGUUGCUGAUCUGCUCAACAUUACGCUCGAGGUUGUAGAGGGCUUUAUGAAUGUAAAACCGCUGGUCAUCGCCUAG